GGCAACCAUCCGGGCCUUCUGAAAAAUUGAACAUGGCAGCCGUCUGGAGGUUGGUCAUCGUUUGUUACAAUACGCAUAUUAUUCAUUUCAUGAGUAAACAGUUUCAGUAAAACGAGUGAAAUGCUUUUAUACAGUAAGAUAUGAAAUGAGAAAUGUUUUCCAAGUAGGGUUCUGGAGAUAAGACAAAGGUGGUCGUAGAUAAUUCGAGAAAUAAGCAUCCGCCAUUUUCAAUAGUUUUGCAUCCAUUGAAAAGGGUGCCAAAAUGAAAUAAAUGGUUGGAAUGAAUGCUUAAUUAGAAGUGUACCAAAAUUUGCCCAAAGGUGUUAUUGUAUAUCAUUUUUACAUAAGAACCUGGAAGUUUUGUGAAUUGUUUCGGAUAAACCCUACAGAAGCGACCACGUGCACGUUUAACCCUACUGCUCGGAGACCCCCUAUCCCUAUCCUCAGGGCGUUGUCAUGUAUGUACCAGAGGCCUUGAUAUUUUCGACUGAUUUUUCAAAGGCCUUGUGACCCUGAUUAUUUCGAAAAUGUUAUUUUCCCCCAAGCCUAGAUUAAUUCCAUCUAUUUUUUCUUUUAAGAGAAAACAUUCUCAGAUCAAAGGUAUCUGAAUUUUAAUCAAUAAAUAGAGGUAAAUAGGACUCCUAUCUCUCUCUCUCUCUCUCUCUCUCUCUCAUAUAUAUAUAGUAUAUAUAAAAACACCCAAGUGCAAUGAAAUUUUGAACCCCUAGUACUCGAUUCAGGCCUUAUUCUAAUGAUUAAUUUGCUAUGGUUAACUGAUUCUCCAGCACGUUUAAGCUCAAGAAAUGAUGUUUAAAAUCUGAAUUAUGUCUGUCGUCCAAUAGUGAUGUAUUUAAAACUCCUGGAGGUAUGGAAGAGAAGGAAAAUCUUUCCCGAGUUUGACUGCAGGAGAAUAGGUUAGCCUCUGUAAUUUAUUAAACUUGCUGUUGAAAUCUAUCUAAUGUCAUUUCUGGCUAAUAUUUAUUGUUAUUGCACCUUUCUGUCCAGUUGUUGGUAUGUGCGGUGAUGCCAUGUGUUGUUUUUUUUACCCAAGUCCCCAACUUUAUCUAAACUAUUGCGGUCAAACAGGUUCAGUUGCUGAUGACUAGAUAGCUCAGUUGGUAAAGCUCGUGAUUAUAGAUUCAGGACUACAGGUUCAGUUGCUGAUGACUAGAUAGCUUAGUUGGUAAAGCUCGUGAUUAUAGAUUCAGGACUCCAGGUUCAGUUGUUAAUGACUAGAUAGCUCAGUUGGUAGAGCUCGUGAUUAUAGAUUCAGGACUCAAGGUUCAGAUGUUAAUGACUAGAUAGCUCAGUUGGUAGAGCUCGUGAUUAUAGAUUCAGGACUACAGGUUUGAAUCCUGGUCUGGUUGCAUCUUCUGUUUCCUGUUACAAAGCUAUUGUAAAAUAAUUAAAUGCUAAUCACCAACAUACAAACACACAUACACAGCUUUUAACAUGUUUAAGAGUAGUUCUGACCUGUUUUGAAAAAGAAAAAAAAAUCUUGAUUUUCUUUUGCCACUUUUGAAAAUUGAAGAGGACUCGUAGUUUUUUAAUGAAUUACUUUCUUGCUCUACAUAUUCAGAAAUAAUUGGCUAGAUAUACUCGAUUAAAGACCCAGAACUAUAUAUUUCAGUGCUACAAAUGCUACUUUGUCUAAAUUGAUUUUGACUGAAAAUGGUCGUUUUGAAGUAUGUUAAUGUUGAAAUGAUAUAUUUACUGUUGCUGUCUUAUGUAUGAUUUGUCAUUUACAUCACAGCUAACCAUGAAGAGAAUAAAAUAGAUACAAAAUGAAGAUUGAUCGAAAUAAAUUGAAAAAAUCAACAACAGAAGUGCCUGCUGAUUGUCGGGUACUGAUUGACAAGCUAAGAAAUGCCACAGAGGAUGAUUUAUACAAAGAACUACAGACUAUCACCACCGUUACAUCAUGGACUUAUGGAAAGUGUGAACUUUACCACUGGUCCGAUAUACUGGACAAGUUUGAUGAAAUCCUGGAGAAGGCAUGUAAGAAAGAAGUAGACAAGUGGACAUUGGCAUGUGAUGUACCAACCAAUGAUCGGUUGAAGGAGCUGCUGCUGUACAUGCUGGACUUCACUUCCUUGUUGAUUGAGCACAGUUUCUCCAGGCACCUGUACAACUCCAUGGAACACCUGACAACGCUCCUGUCAUCCUGCGAUAUGACAAUAGUCCUGGGAGUUCUUAAUCUCCUCUAUGUCUUUAGCAAAAGAUCCAAUUUCAUCACCAGGUUAAGCAAUGACAAAAAACAAGGACUUCUUAUAAGAUUGACACAUUUAGCAGAGAGUUGGGGUGGAAAAGAUAAUGGCUUUGGUUUGGCGGAGUGUUGUAAGGAUGUACCAAUAUCUAGCUUUCCAUUAAGUGCAACUACCCUCCACUUCGAGUUUUAUGUGGAAAACAAAGAUGAAAAAGGAAGUAAAAAGAAUACUGCUAAUACUAUAACUUCAAUACAUAUGGAAAAUUUGGACAAGUCCUCAAAGUUACCGUCACAAAUAAUGGAGGACCUGUUAACCAACUUCAAAAUACCAGAGGAGAAGCAGAUGUUGUUAUAUACACACAUUCGCCUGGCCCACUUGUUCUCCAACUACCAGGCUCGUGUACAGUGUGUGCAGGCUCGAUUACAAGCCCUAGCUAUCCUGGUGUAUUCAAAUGCUAUCCAGGAGAACAUGAACUCCCUUUUGUACGCAGGACUGAUAGAAGAAUUGGUGGACAUUGUUGAGCUGAAAGAUAACACUUUUGUUGAAAUCAAAGCUGCGUCUCUGAGAACUUUAACAUCCAUCAUUCAUCUGGAAAGAAAUCCAAAGUUGAACAACAUCAUAGAUGCCACUGGGGCCUCAUCGUACCAUGGGUUUCUGCCUGUACUUGUGCGUUCUUGCAUCCAGCACAUGACAGAUGCCCAUCUGACCCCAUUUCCACAGAAAUAUGCCACAGCCCUGUUUUCUUUCCUGUAUCAUUUGGCAAGCUAUGAGAAUGGUGUGGAAGCGCUGGUAUCCUGCGGAAUGAUGGAGUGCCUAUUGAAAGUCAUUAAUUGGUAUGGAGAUGGGCAGGAACACAUAACACAAUUUGUAACAAGAGCUGUACGAGUGGUGGAUCUGAUCACAAACUUGGACAUGGCUGCAUUCCAAGCUCAAGGAGGACUGUUUACAUUUAUAAACAGAUUGGAGCAUGAGGUAGAUCUGUGUAGGAAGGAACAGCCGUUUGAAAUAAAGGUGAAGCGGAGAGAAUCGGUAUUGGAGGAUUGCCCUGUGUCCCCAUCCUCUGACAUGGAGACAGAGUCGGCAGAGGGUGCCUCAGCUAGAUCAGCUGAUCCAGUGGACUCCAACCAACCUUCAACAUCCGCUGGAGUCACUAACGACAAACUCAUUCCACAAAAUCCUACUAAAACAGGUGUUCAGUGUUACCCACAAAGAGCGGCGUUAUUGAAGUCGAUGCUAAACUUCCUGAAGAAAGCCAUUCCCGACCCAUCAUUUUCCGACAGUAUCAGACAUUUGAUGGAAGGCUCGUUGCCAAAAUCUCUGAGACAUAUAAUCAGUAAUGCAGAAUAUUAUGGACCUUCUCUCUUCCUGUUGGCCACGGAUGUCGUGACCGUUUACGUCUUCCAGGAACCGUCCCUGCUUUCAUCCUUACAGGACAAUGGCCUGACUGACGUUGUUCUUCAUGCAUUGUUAAUCAAAGACGUCCCAGCUACUAGAGAGGUCCUAGCUUCCCUGCCAAAUGUCUUCAGUGCCCUGUGUUUGAAUGCCAGGGGUCUGCAGUCUUUCGUAAGCUGUAAGCCUUUUGAUAGGCUGUUCAAAGUCCUUCUAUCCCCUGACUAUCUCCCAGCCAUGCGGCGCCGGCGAGGUUCAGAUCCAUUUGGUGACACUGCUAGCAAUUUGGGUAAUGCCAUGGAUGAGCUGAUGAGACACCAACCUUCACUUAGAACUGAUGCCACAAAGGCAAUCAUUAAGUUGUUAGAAGAGGUGUGUACAAUGGGGAGAGACCAGAAGUACGUAUGUGUGAAACCAGCCCCCAAGACUGAGCCCCAGAAUAUGUCUGUGCAAUCCCCUCAGCCCCCAGAUAACAACUCGUCAGAUGAAGAAGAUGAUGACGAUGAAAUUCCUAACACACAAGACAUUGAUGGAAACAAGCCGGAAGCCCAGAGAGAGACAGGAAGAGCCACUGCAGCCCAGAGUACUCCAGAAAAGCAACAGAUUCCUCUGAUGGAUUAUGUCUUGAAUGUGAUGAAAUUUGUGGAAGCUAUCCUGACCAAUAACUCCACAGAUGACCACUGUCGAGAAUUUGUCUCCCAGAAUGGAUUGGAGCCCCUGAUGAGUGUCCUGGGUUUGCCCAAUCUCCCGAUAGACUUCCCCACCUCGCCUGCCUGUCAGACUGUGUCCAUUGUGUGUAAAUCCAUUCUGAACUUGUCUAGAGAGCCCCAGGUUUUGAAGCAAGGUCUGGUGAAGUUAGACGAGGUUUUACAGCGAUUGAGCCCACUUCACGAGCCCCUGGACCUACCAGGAGGGUCUGUAUUACUGAGGGAGUUGUCCAGUGUGAUUUCACCAUCUGAUGCUACCCUGUCUCCUCAGGCCACACCCCUGUUACAUGCCCUGUCAUCGUGCCAUGCCUACAUCAUGAUGUUCGUUCAUGUGUGCAGAAUGGGACAGACGGACCUAAGAACGAUAUCUGUGAACCAUUGGGGAUCAGAGUUAGGAUUGAAAGUACUGGGUGGGCUAAGUAAGCUGUACACGUCUUUAGUGUGGGAGAGCACGGUCCUGCUAGCUCUGUGUAGUGAAGAUGUCCUCCCACCAGGCUGCUUAUUUGGUAAGGAAGAUAUGGAUAAGCUGCUGCCAAAAGAUUUCAAAGCCGAGAAGGAGGACCUCUCGCCUGGAUCUACAAAAGAGAUGGGAAGCAACGGUGUCAGUGCUGCCAUGGAAUCUCUGUCCACGUCCGAGAACAAUGAGACCCCAAUGGAGGUGAACGAAGGGGCCAGCACAUCUAAAGAGGACAAGGAUAAGAGGGGCAAAAUGUCCCCAGCCCUUCAGGCACAAGUGAAACAACUGAAACCUCUGUUGUCUGUGUCGUCUAGACUUUGUCGCACCCUGGCGGAGUUGUUCAGUCUUCUGGUAAAGCUUUGUGUUGGAAGCCCCGUCAGACAGAGAAGAUCCCAACAGAUCCCGCUACCCCCUACUGUACCCUCUCCGUCUGCCCAGGCAGUGGCCAAGUCCCUCACCAAGCUUCUGACAAAUGGGUUCAAAUGGGAACCACCACCAUAUUCACCAGUACCCAAACUAAAGUUGACAUUCUUGGUGUGUUUUGUGGGAUUCAUGUCCAUGUUGUUUGACGAAAAGAAGCAACCAUUUCAUCUGAUGCUGCAGAAGUUUGUCGCGCUAGGUGGCCAAGAUGCUUUGUUCAAAGCAUUUGAAUGGGCAUUAACAGUUAAAAAGGGAAAGCUGGAUAAAAAUGACGGCCUGGAACAGCCAGAGUUGUCUGAGCAGAUUGCCGAAUUUUUGGACUCUUGGCUGAUGUUGAUUGAGAGAAUGUCAAAUCCCAAGACUAUUCUGGAGACCCCCCAUGUGAUGCCAGCGAAAUCCAGUCAGAGUGGAUAUGUACCUUUCAGUGCAGUCCAGUAUCUGAUCAAAGCUCAGAAGGCAGCUUUCAAAGCAGUGAUGAGUUUGUGGAACAAGAAGCCCCUGAGAGUAUACGGAGGGCGGAUGUCCGAGUCCAUGUUAGCUAUUCUUUGUAACAUCAUCAAGGGUGAAAACAUCAUUAAAGAAAGGCUAGCCAAGGAAAGAGAAGAAAUGGGGGAUGUCUCUAACCCCUUAGCAGUGACAGGCCCCUCCACCAGUGGUGGGGCAGGGGCUUCCCCAGCUGUCCCUAUGGUCCCAUCUCGUCCCAGUGAACCAGAUGUAGAUGAGGCCCAUCUGCAACAGUUGAUGGACAUGGGAUUUACAAGGGAACACUGUGUCGAAGCCCUGACACUAACAACGUCCUUGGAACAAGCUACGGAGUUUAUAUUGACUCACCCUCCCUCAGGGGCUGUGGCAGGGACAGGAAUACCGGUAGUGCAGGGACCACCUGCCCCUGUGGCUCAAAAUCCUCUGGGGAUGGUGAUGGAGAUGUCAGAGGAGGAUCAGAUGAUGCAGGCCAUCGCCCUGUCUCUGGGGGAAAACGUGGUCAUGUCUGCAGAGGAGAGUAAUGCCCCAUCUGGUUCUGGAACAAAAACAACAGAAAAUAAGCCUCCCAAGGCAGAGGAGGAAAAAGUGGAGGAAUUCAAUGAGAAGCAGGAGGAUCAGGAACCGCUGGAGAAAUCGAUCCUAGAUAACUUCACAGCGCAAGUCCUACCAGGGUGUCUCAGGCUUUUAGAUGUACUGCCAGAAACUGUCUACAGGGUUUGUGAUCUUUUAAUCGUGGUCACAAACAGGAAUGGAACAGACUGGCAGAAAAUGGUGCUAGCAAAUCUUGUCAAAGAGAUUCAGUCUAUGGGACAGCAGAUUCUCAAGAUAGGCCACGACUUGGAUUCUACAGACACCAAUAAAGAUCAGCUGAACUCAGAUGCUUCCAAGUUUGCAGCCAGACUUCAUUUGUUCAGUCUGUUGUUUGAGGAAAUGAUGUUACCUUGUGCAGAGAGUGUAGAAAGUGUCUGGCUAACAGAUUUAUUGGUGCAAGUGUUGAACAGCGGCCAGAAAUUCCUGACAGCAAACAAAGACUCUGUAACUCCUAAGUGGUUAUCUCCCUUACUCCUCCUGCUGGAUCUCUAUGAAAAGGUGGCUGUGAUAUCGAAACGGAAAGCACAAGCCAACGAAUUGCUGUGCCACAGUCACACCUGGAAAUGGUUUGAUGAUAGCAGUGGAAGGUGGUGUAAAUACUCAGCGGUGAACAAUAAAACCAUCGACGAUGCUUAUCAAGCAGGGGAAACUAGCAUUAGGUUCCAGGCUGGUAGAAGAAGGUACACCGUUCACUUCAAUUCCAUGGUACAGAUCAAUGAAGAAACAGGAAAUCGUCGUCCUAUCAUGUUAGCCUUCCCUUCACCCGAGGAGCUGUCGGACAAUGGCAAUAAAGAAGAGUCGAAAGAGGUUCCCGCAGAGACGGCACAGUCAGUUAGCAAAAUGGAAACUGAGAUUCCAGUGAAGUCUGAGGGGAAGAUGAAAGAGUCUGUGAUAGUAUCAGGAAUGAAUUCUAAACAAAUUGUCAAAAUUAUAAGGUGUAUUGUGUCUAUGAUGAACAUUCCCGUAGAAGCAGAGUGUUUACAUGCUGCCCUACGGUUAAUUUUACGUUUGACAAGAAAUCACAAAAAUGCUGUGUUGUUUGCUGAACUUGGUGGGCCUCGCAUUUUAUUAACCCUGACCCAGAGCUCCUCGUUUCCAGGAUUUAUCUCCCUUGCUUCCCUGAUAUUUCGACAUAUCAUUGAAGAGCCCGACUCCUUACGAUAUUCAAUGGAAAAGGUUGUGAAGAAGGCCCUGAGUGGAACCGGUUCUAGCUCGAAUGGUGUCAAGCCUGGCAGUAUGGGCUCUAAGGAGGUCAAUUAUGUGUUCCGGGCCCUGGGACCCGCAGCCUGCAGAGAUGAAGAAGCAUUUGCUCUCACCAUCAAGGGCACCUGCCAUUUUGCUCUCCCUCCAGCUUCAAGUAGAAGAGAUGAUGACGCUCGACACAAUAGUCCUCAGAUUCUGAAAAGUGUGUUCUCCACCAAAAGUGUGCCAAUGACUGUGUACUCUCCUAUUAAGGAGGUUCUACAUGACCUUCUGAACUGUCUGAUCGCCGAGUUUAACUACCAGGACGAUGGUGUGUCGGGAGGAUUUGAGGUACAACCUCCCUGUACCCUGGCGGAAGCCAUUGCCAGUGAAAUGAGGCCCCCUGCCAUCCCUCGACAGGGUAGCUCAGCAGAUAUAGCCAAUGAGGAGGAACAAACGGGAGAAUCUGAGAACUCCAAAGACCAAGUCAAAGACAAGGAUGCCAAGGUCACCGAGGAUCAACAGAAUAAGAGGCCGUUAAUGCCAAAAUCUAGUGUCCUUAGAUUGUUGUCGGAGGUUGUCAAAUCUUACAGCACGUGUACACAGCUUAUCACACAGUAUACCUACCACACAGGCCAGACCCCACUGGUACACGAGGAGUGUACGGUGUUAGCAUUUGUGUUGGAUAACCUCCUACCUCAGUGUCAGAUAUUUGGGGAUCGAGAUUGCCCAGCUCUGUCCCGGGUUUUUGUCGCCAGCAUAGCUUCCUGUAAUCAUAGCCCUGAUGCCCAGAUGUCCCUUGUGACAGAAAUCAAGGGGGCACUACAAAGAGCCCUGGCCCUGCCAGAGAGUGCCCUGAAACACACCAGAAUCCGAGCCCUGACCAACCUUAUCAGUAUUAUUAUUGACUCGUGUCCUAGUCCAGGUGGUCAGGUCCCAAAUCAAAUGUUCAAAGGCCAACAAACAGUGAUGAACAAUAUUGUGAAGUCUCUACUGAAGAAAGGAUUAGUGACUGACUUGGCUCGUCUCCCUCACAGUCUUGACCUGUCAAGUCCGUACAUGGCUAAUACCAUCAAUUCAGCACUCAAGCCGUUGGAGACCUUGUCUAGGAGUGUAAACCAACCGGCUCAGAGUGUGGUGUCAAAGGUCAAGAAAUCAGAGACAGAAACUUCGCUACAACAGACUACAGAAUCUCAAGAGAACAACACAACUGUGCCUGCUCCCACUACAACACCAGCGGAGCCCUCUCAUGUUGGAGAGAUAACUAUAGAGGAUAUCUCAGACCACGCUGACACCGGCACGAUGGAGGAGACCCAGCCGAUUAGUGCUGUAGAACCGGAGAAUGAUGAAGACGGAGAGAGGGGUGAAUCGGAACUGGAUAAUGUGCUGGAUGUCUUACUAAACAGAGAUGGGAACCUCAAUCCUAGCAAUGAAGUGAUAGGAGACAUUGUCAUGGAUUCAGAAGACUUGACCCUACAUGACUCACAGAUGGUCAGUCAGGAAAUCUCCAUUGAUGAUGAUGACGGAGAACAUGUGCAUGGUGAUGACAGUUGUAUUCCCAAUGAAGAUGACAGUGCCUCAGAUGUUGAUGAUGAGGACGAUGAUGAUGAAGAUGAUGGUGAUGACGGAGAUGGAGAUGAUGGAGAGGACGAGGAUGAUGAAGAUGAUGAGGAAGAGGAUGAUGAUGAUGAGGGUUCUGACAUGGAGGCCGAGGAUGAAGAUGACUACCCCGACAUUGACCCCUCCCUGAACCCCAUGAGUGAAUUUGAUUACAACUAUCCUUCACACAUGGACGAGUUGUUUCCCUCAGGAGGUGGAAGAGGUCAGAGUCUGCUGUUUAAUGACAGCAGCGGUCUGAGGAACUUUGGCUUCCAGAUCCCCAUCAGUCUGCACGACAAUGACAACGGCAAUGAUGACUCAUCGCCAGCCAUUCCACCAGCCCCUGUGAGUGUCAUGUCAUCCCACCCUCUACUUGUCAGGCAGCCUGAGGGACACACAGUAAUGGGGGUACAGCGUCUCCACAGGGGGCGGGGCAGGAGGGAGGCGUCCUGUAGGUACAACCCCACCACCCAGACACUGCAUGUCAAUCUCCAGAGACAACCCAACCCUCCUGUCAUCUUACAGAGGUUACUUGGUCCCACAACUGCAGCAGAUGUCCUUCAGUUGACCUCUACUUUGACCUCUGUGGCUGGCCCGACCCCUGGAAGAUUGCUGGUGGGGAACGAUGACCUUCGCAUCAUAUCCCGACCGGAUGAUGACUUCCUGGAAGAGAUUUUACACGACUCGUAUGGGGAUGGAGGACAAGGCGGGUCCGGCGUGUUGACCUGUAUUCCGUCCACACUGACCAGAUGGACAGAAGAGGCUAAGGUUCUGGACGGAGAUAGCAUCCAUGACUGUGUGACUGUUCUUAAAGAAAGCCUGAUAAGUUAUCUGGAGAAGAAGCGAGAUGAUGAACUUGCAGAACGGAAGGAGGAGCUGGCAGAAAAGAAGGAGAAAUCUCACAAGCUAUCGGAGGAACCAGAGACCAACAUGGAGAAGACGAGCAACUCGUCAAUUGGAUGGGAGUCCCCACAAAACAUGGAGGUCACACAAACUCCAGCCACAACCAGUGCAUCAAAUGUGCCAAUAGCCGUGACAAAUGUAACCAUGGCAACGACAUCCGAUUCCACGGUCACUAGCACUGCAGGGAGGCAGAUAAGUGCUUCAGAGGCUGCAGCUGCAGCAGAGUUGAUAGCCACCGCAGUGGUGGAGGACAUUCUGUCGAACCCUCAAGGACGCCCCGUAGCACCACCGCAACCAAGCAUCACCAGGACUGACCCCCUCUCCUUAGUGGGACCUCCAGCAGACACCUACACUACCCCUGCCAUCACCAUGCCGUCUGUAGUUUCCAACGCACCGGUGAUGGAUCAGCGAUCUUUGUUGUCAUUCUCAGGAGGAGCCAGUGCCCCAAGUGGUUCUUGCAACUUGGCCUCCCUGUUAAUGACUGAGGAUUCAAGCCCCGACUCGCCUCUCUCCAGUUCCUCAAUAGAUGCCAUCCCCCAGGUUAUAGGGCAUGGUUCUAUGGCGCCGAAUGUGGCCCCACCCAUCCAGGAGAGUAGGAUCACCCCCGAAGAAGUGUCUGGGAUCAGCGACCCGAGCGCAGUCAAUGUGCAAUCCACAGAAAGUUCAGGGGAGGCGAUCCGUGGCAAUAUUGUGGAUACUACGACGACAAAUUCGGCUUCUGGCGCUCAACCCUCGACGGUUCUGGACAACAUUGCAAGUGCCCUGACUAUUGACACCUCCGGUAUCUCCACCCCUCCUGCCUUCCAUGGAUUCUCUGCCGGCCUCUACCCAGAAAACACGCAGAGUAAUGAGCCGCCGGUCAAUCUGUCGGCCCUGACCACGAGCAUGAUGGGAGCCCUCAGUGCCUCCAUCAAUGUUCCUUCCAGUAUCCUGUCUUCAGGGGGCGAGGCUGGGAGUUCCUUAGUCAGUGAGGAGGGCCCCACACCCAGUGCUACAAACCCACUUUCUGCUUCAGCACUAGUUUCAGAUAUGGGAUUUGGAGAAUUUCCAGAUGGGGUGGAUCCAUCCUUUUUGGAAGCAUUACCAGAAAACAUUCGUCAGGAAGUCAUUGCAGAGCAGAUGAGGUUACAGCGAAUACGACAAAGUGCCAGAGAGCAGGCCCAGACAGCACAAUCUACCGGGUCAUUACAGGUCAACCCCGAGUUCUUGGCUGCAUUACCACCUAAUAUCCAAGAGGAGGUAUUAGCACAACAAAGAACGGAACAGGCCCGAAUGACUGCUAUGCAGCAGCAAUCUACCACUAAUUCAGAGGCCCCAGUAGACCCCGUCAGCUUCCUGGCAUCCCUACCCAGCUCUCUCCGUCAGCAAGUCCUAGCAGACAUGGAUGACAGCACUGUGGCAGUUUUGCCCCCAGAUCUAGCUGCUGAGGCUCAAACGUUACGUCGUGAGUUAGAGGAACGACAUCGUCGUCUGAUGCAAGAGAGGCUAUUCGCUCAGGCUGCUGGUGCAGGUUCUCUCUCCGCUAUUCUCAGACACUCAGGGUUUGGAGGUCGUCUUGGAGGUGGCAGAUUUGCCAUUCGAGCACUGCCUCGGAGUAGUAACCAGUGGACAUGGGCGUCAAGUCGUCUUAACGGACCCAGUUCUAGCUCCAAUCAGAAUGCAGUAAAAUUACGGGGACGGCAUUUGCUGGAUCAUGAGGCAUUAACAUGUUUACUUGUGUUGUUAUUUGUGGACGAGCCAAAACUGAACACUAUAAGACUUCAUCGGGUGUUGCGUAAUCUGUGUUACCAUGGUCCCACCAGGGUGUGGGUUAUUAGAGCAUUGUUAUCAAUUCUGCAAAAGACAGGUGAAUGUCGCAUGGAGGAUGAAAAAGCUCUGCGUUCAGGCGAGAAAGGAAAGAAGAAAUUGGCCUCCGAUAGUGACAUGACAGUUAAAAGUGACACAAAGAACCAGGGCUCCUGGUUGUCCAUAAGCCUGGAGGCUGCUCUUGGUUGUCGAGCCAAUGUCUUUCAAAUUCAUAAAAUGGGCAAGAAACAUUUAUCGGGAGGCUGCCCUGGAACUGUGACUAUCCAUGAUCAGGCUUCCCCGGUUGUGUGUAGACAUGUGUUAGACACGCUGAUAGCUUUAGCAAAGGUUUUCCCCAGUCAGUUUCUACCCACGUCCAAAGUGAAAGAAGUGGAAAAGUGCAAUGAACCAGGUGAAGAGAGCAAGACAGAGAGUGAUAGUAAACCUAAGACGUCUUGCUCAUCUUCUAGUGCUAGUCCUAAGAGUGCCAAGGAUUCACCGACGGAGACAGAUUUCUGGGAUCUCUUGAUCAAAUUAGACAGUCUAAAUGCAAACAAGAAAGGCAAAAGUGUUCAAAAGACAGCCAGCAAUGCUGAAAGUGAGGCUAAUUUUUUCAACUAUGACUCAUCUCCGCUUGGACAGCUCAUGUUCAUGUUGUCUCACCCGGUGGUCAAGCGGAGUCAGUUAUUGACAGAUAGGUUACUGAGAUUGUUAGGACUUGUGUCCUUAGCUCUACCAGACGCAACGCGAGGCAAUGCUACAAGUAGUACCACCGCGGCUCCUGCUGGUGUUACCAACACAGGGCUGGUGACUACUACCGCUCCAGCUAGUACCAGCACCACACAGAGCACGCCAGCGGUGGUAUCCAGAGGUGUCAGUACGUCACCUCCAAAAGAGGAGAAGAGGGAGGAAAGCACAAUUAAAGAGAUUCCUGAAGACAAGCAAGAUGACACCGUGGUGUUAGAAGAUAGGCUGCAACUUGCUGUGCAGGUGCUGACUUCCAAAUCAUGCUCAGAGGAAGGGUUGGAGGACGCUACGAACUUGCUGUUGCAGUUGUCCUGGGCCAAUAAUGCGACUCGCCAGGCUGUCCUUAAGCUUCUGUUGGAGGGUGCGCGGGUCCUGGGCCUGACAGUCUGUAGUCAUAUAAGGUCCCUGCUGGAAGAAUUGAGUGACUUUGCAGCAAAGAACAAAGAUCCAGAAGAGGACAAAGAUAUGGAGACUGCUCCUUCUCAAUCUUCCAGGGGCCUGAUACAGGAUAGGUAUAACCCCAGCACCAGUGUGGUAGUGGCGGCUCCCAAAAAGAUUAAAGUCGGACGGGAACUACAGUUGCCUUCUAUGUCACUGCUGACCAGCAAGACGUCCAGUCAACAGUUCUUCCUGAGAAUCCUCAAGGUCAUCAUACAGUUACGAGAUGCAGCUAAAACACAGGCAAAAAGGACUGCUAGGAGGGGUGAGCGUGACCUGAGUAGCAUCACGGAGGCCAUGGCGGCGCUGGAGGCAGAGGCCGAGGCUAUCAUGGAGAUGGUGGGGAGACGUUCAGAGCAGCAAAAUCAGGCCAGACAGCAACAGGAGGCGACUAACAGAAGCGGGACCUCAGAGCAGGCUGCUGAGGGUGCCCAGGAGGGGCAGCAGGGAGGGGCUGACAACCCACCCCCAGUAGACGCAAACCCGGAAUCUCCCAUGGACGUGGAUCAACCAGGUCCCUCUACAACACCCCAAGAGAAGACGGAGGAGUCGGCCCCGCCCCAGCUGUCCCUGAGUGAACAGCUGAGCCUGGAGGAACUGUGGAAUACGUUAGGGGAGUGUUUGACAGAGCUAGCUAAGACCCCGGAUCACCACGCUGUCCUCAUCUUACAGCCGGCAGUGGAGGCGUUCUUCAUUGUUCAUGCUGGUGAAAAAGACGGGAAAUCUCAGGAACAGAGAACACAGAGAAGGGAGGAUCAACUGGCCCACCUUAAUAUUGACCUGGCCCCUGCCUCUCCUGCAGCCCCGGGCAGUGAGACCCCUGCCCCUGUCCAGAGGGAUGGGUCAGUUACAUCCGUGUCCUCGCUCAUAACAUUGCCACCAGAUACCCAGAAAUUCCUCAAAUUUGCUGAGACGCACAGAACCGUUCUGAACCAGAUUCUGCGACAGUCCACCACCCCUCUCUCUGAUGGGCCGUUCUCCGUUCUGGUGGACCACACACGCAUUUUGGACUUUGAUGUGAAACGUCGAUACUUCAGGCAAGAACUGGAGCGAUUGGACGAGGGAAUGAGGAGAGAAGAUCUGGCUGUACAUGUCAGGAGAGAACAUGUGUUUGAAGAUUCUUUCAGGGAGCUUUUCAGACGCACAGCUGAUGAGUGGAAACACAGAUUUUACAUUGUGUUUGAAGGUGAAGAAGGCCAGGACGCUGGUGGCUUACUCAGGGAAUGGUACAUCAUCAUUUCCCGGGAAAUCUUUAACCCGAUGUACGCCCUGUUCCGGAUUUCCCCAGGAGAUAGGGUCACGUACACCAUUAAUCCCUCCUCCCACUGCAACAGCAACCACCUCAGCUAUUACAAGUUUGUGGGCCGCAUCAUUGCCAAAGCUGUGUACGAUAACAAACUGCUCGAGUGUUACUUCACCAGGUCUUUCUACAAACAUAUCAUUGGACAACUUGUCAAGUACACUGACAUGGAAAGCGAGGACUACUCCUUUUACCAGGGAUUGGUUUUCUUAAUUGAAAAUAAUGUAGCAGAUCUUGGAUACGAUCUCACAUUUAGUACAGAGAUUGAAGAAUUUGGUGUCACUGAAUGUCGAGACUUGAAGCCUGGUGGUCGUAACAUUUCUGUCAAUGAAGACAACAAGAAGGAGUAUGUGAAGUUGGUCUGUCAAAUGAAGAUGACGGGAGCCAUUCGACAGCAGCUGAACGCCUUCAUGGAAGGAUUCUAUGACAUCAUCCCCAAACGUCUUAUUUCCAUUUUCAACGAGCAGGAGCUGGAACUUCUGAUAUCAGGACUACCCACUAUUGACAUUGAUGACUUGAAGGCUAACACUGAAUACCACAAAUACCAAGCCACUUCUCUGCAGGUUCAGUGGUUUUGGCGUGCCCUGCGCUCAUUUGAUCAAAAGGACCGAGCCCAGUUCCUGCAGUUUGUGACAGGAACCUCCAAGGUACCCUUGCAGGGUUUUGCCUUCCUAGAGGGAAUGAAUGGUUACCAGAAAUUUCAGAUACAUCGAGAUGACAGAUCUACUGACAGGCUGCCUGUCGCUCACACCUGCUUCAAUCAGCUAGAUUUACCAGCUUAUGAAACUUACGACAAACUAAAGAGAAUGCUGCUCUUGGCAAUCAACGAAUGUUCUGAGGGAUUUGGUCUGGCAUAAAAUACAUUAUUGAGACAUGAAUCCUUGCUAAAGAAUGUAGAUGUUUUUGUAUUUUAAAAAAAAAUCAGUAUCAAAACAUGCCAGCACCGUUUAUGGAGAUGUGACAUUGUUUUUUGAAUAUAAUUUAAUGCUUUAUUUUGUUCAUUGUGAAAGGGUGCUUGUCAGUCUUUAUCUAUUACACUGAUUUGAUUAUUAGUCAUGCAUUUGAAUGGUUCAAGACUUGAAUGAAGUAAGACAGGUUGAAAUUGGUGUAUUGCUGUUUAAAUGAGUGCAAGAUGAGGAAGCGAUAUUAUGUUAAUGUAAUUUGUUUCAGAAGUGGGCAUCCAGGACAGGUUUUGAAUAAUGUCAAAAUAUGUUCAGAGAAAAGAAAA